UGUCAGUGGUUGGUGGAGACCGUGUGACAUAAGAGCGUUAUCGGGAAUUCCUCUCCCCUCGGGGCUCCGUGUGACGGCAAAAGGAGGUAGCUUCAGUUAAUGCCGGGAGAACGCAGCACGCAUUUCAUACACGCACAACAUCUGAGAUCUGUACUGACCUGACCAAGGAGGACUUAAAAAGGGCCCAACAUGUUCCCUGGUGCACUGGAAGCAGCCGAGUGUGUAGCGGGUCUGUCACUGCCCUCUCUGCAACCGCUGCCAGAACUGGAGGAAGAGGAAGCAGAGGCUUCAUUGGAGAGGGGGCCAAAGAGGCCAGGACGCUACAGGAAAAGCCUUCAGCUUUUAAAGCCCUUCAGGAUAAGGCACAAGCACCAGCAUCCAGUCGAUAAUGCUGGCCUCUUCUCAUUUAUGACUCUGCACUGGCUCUCGCCGCUGGCAGUGAAAGCCUACAAGGCGUCCAGCUUGUCUAUAGAUGAUGUGUGGGGACUGUCUUGCCACGAAGCCUCUGCAGUCAACUGCCAAAGGCUUGAACAUUUGUGGCACGAGGAGCUCAAACGAAGCGGGCGAGAGGGGGCAUCCCUGACAAGAGUCUUCUGGAGGUUCUGCCAAACCCGUACGCUGGUGGCCGUAUUCUCCCUGCUUCUCACAAUGGUGGCCGGCUUUGUUGGGGCUGCUAUCCUGGUUAAAUCUCUGCUGGAGUAUUCCCAGAGCUCAGAGAGCUCUGUGUGGUAUGGCCUGUCUCUGGCAGCCGGGCUCUUCCUCAUGGAACUGAUGCGCUCCUGGUCUCUGGGACUCAUGUGGGGCGUCAAUUACCGCACUGCAGCACGCCUCCGUGGGGCCACUCUUACCCUGGCCUUCCACAAGAUCCUCCGCCUGCGCAGCACUAAAGACAUCAGUCCGGGCGAGCUGAUCAACAUCUGCUCCAGUGAUGGCCAGCGGCUCUAUGAAGCAGUGUGUGUGGGCUGCCUUCUGGCUGGAGGGCCACUUGUGGGAAUACUGGGUCUAUCUUACACUGCAUUCUUCCUGGGCCCCACGGCUCUGAUGGGGUCAUCCAUUUUCAUCAUCAUUUACCCUGUCAUGAUGCUUGCAUCGAGGUUGACGGCAUAUUUCCGCAAGAAGUGUGUGGCAGUCAGCGACCAGCGCGUGAGGCUGAUGAACGAGAUCUUGGGCUGCAUAAAGUUCAUCAAGAUGUAUUGUUGGGAAGAUGCCUUUGCAAAAAACAUUCGCAAAGUGCGGUUAGAAGAGAGGAGCAUACUAGAGAGGGCCGGGAACAUCCAAAGCAUAACAGUGGGAUUGUCUCCUGUCAUUAUGGUGCUCGCAAGCGUCUGCACUUUCUCCUUACAUAUGGCCUUAGGUUAUGACCUAACCGCAGCUGAGGCUUUCACUGUGGUUGCAGUUUUCAAUGCUAUGACCUUUGCCCUGAGAGUCACACCACUGGCGGUGAGGUCACUAUCAGAGGCUUCUGUUGCAGUCAAAAGAUUUCAGAGGCUCUUCACGAUGGAUGACAGAGAGGAGGUUGUAGAAAAAAUGGAGGAUCCUGGCAACGCCGUAGAAUUUCAGGUUGCCACGCUGGCUUGGGAAAAGGCAAAAGGCAAAAAGCCAAACCCGGCUCCCAAGAAGCGAGGAGUAAUGAAGCAUGUGCUGCGAAGGGAAAAGCUUAGCUUGUACAUUUCCACAGAGGAUGGCAAAGGAAACAAGGAAAACCCCAAUGUGCAAAGUCUCCUCACAAAUAUGGAGCAGGAGAGUCCACAAAGCACCGUCUCCUCCACUCAAAGCAUACGCCCCCCACUGCACAAGACCCUGCACCAAAUUAACCUGCGUAUAAAGAAGGGGUCGCUGGUUGGAAUCUGUGGAGGUGUCGGGAGUGGAAAGAGCUCUCUUCUGUCUGCUCUGCUGGGACAGAUGACUCUGUUAGAAGGAAAAGUUGCUGUCAGCGGUGGCUUCGCAUAUGUGUCCCAACAAGCCUGGAUCCUAAAUGAUUCUCUCAAGGAAAAUAUCUUGUUUGGAAAUAAGUAUAACCCAGACAAAUACAGUGCAGUGCUGGAGGCGUGCUGUUUACUCCCAGACAUUGCAGAGCUCCCAUAUGGAGACAUGACAGAGAUUGGCGAGAGGGGUGCCAACCUGAGUGGAGGGCAGCGUCAGCGAGUGAGCCUGGCGCGUGCACUCUACAGUGAGCGGCCCAUUCUUCUCCUGGAUGACCCUCUCAGUGCUGUUGAUGCCUGUGUGGGCUCCCAUAUCUUCAGUAAAGCCAUUCGGGGGGCCGCUAAAGGCAAAACCAUACUCUUUGUAACGCAUCAGCUGCAGUAUCUUCCUGAGUGCGAUGUUGUUAUUCUGAUGAAGGACGGCCAGAUUGCUGAGCACGGUACCCAUGUGCAGCUAAUUGGUAAAGACCGCAACUAUGCCAUGCUAUUCAACAGCAUGCAACAGGAGAAUCUGGUGAAAGAGAAACUAAAAAACAAAGAGCAGAGGGUAGGUGGAAAUAAGGCUGACAGUGCCACUGAUGUUGCCGAGGUCAGCCCAAAGAUGGAAAGCAAGAAAGGAGAACCAUUGAUGAAAGCUGAAGAGAAAGGCUCUGGUUCAGUCCCGUGGUCUGUUUACGGAGCCUACAUCAAAGCAGCGGGAGGCCCAGUAGUCUUCGUCAUCAACAUCUUCUUCUUUGUUUCCACCACAGGCAGCCUAGCUUUCAGUAACUGGUGGCUGAGCCACUGGAUCAGACAGGGCAGCGGGAACACAUCAUUAAUCUCGGUGAAUGAAACAAUAGCGAGCAACAGCAUGAGACUCAACCCUCAUAUUCGGUACUAUUCAACUGUUUACAUCAUCUCCAUGGGAGCUGUGUUGUUGCUGAAGACAAUCAGAGGGUUGGUGUUUGUGAAGUGCACCGUGAAGGCUGCCUCCGUGCUCCACGACAAGCUGUUCAGCCGGAUCCUCCAUUGCCCUAUGCACUUUUUUGAUACAACACCUCUGGGUCGUAUCCUGACCCGCUUCUCUAGGGACAUGGACGAGGUGGAUGUGCGUCUCACCAUGCAAGCUGAGAUGCUCCUGCAGAACCUGUCCCUGGUGCUGCUUUGCUUGGGAAUGGUGGGCAUUGUCUUCCCCUGGUUCCUCCUUUCAGUCCUGCCUCUGGGAGGCUUUCUCUACAUUGUCAAUCGUCUUUCCAGGGUACUGCUUCGUGAGCUAAAGCGCCUGGAGAAUAUCAGCCAAUCACCAUUCACCUCUCACAUCACCAGCAGCCUUCAAGGCCUCUCCACCAUCCAUGCCUAUGGAAGAGGGCAUGAUUUCCUCCAAAGAUAUCAGGAAUUGCUGGACACCAACCAGGCCUCAAACUACCUCUUCAGCUGUGCAAUGCGUUGGCUGGCUAUCCGCCUGGACCUCAUCAGUAUCUCCCUUAUCACUGCUGUAGCACUGCUCAUUGUCUUCAUGCACAAUCAGAUACCUCCAGCCUACGCAGGCUUGGCCAUAUCAUAUGCAGUGCAGCUGACUGGCUUGUUUCAGUUUACCGUGCGGCUCCUCACCGAGACAGAAGCUCGCUUUACAUCUGUUGAGAGGAUCAAUCAUUAUAUAAAGACUCUUGAGAGCGAAGCACCUAGACAAAGUCCUGAGGCAGCCCAACCUGCCCCCUCCUGGCCUCAGGAGGGAAAGAUCACCUUUCAGGAUGUUGAGAUGCGUUAUCGCGAUGAUCUGCCGCUGGUGCUUAAGAACCUGUCCUUCACUAUCCUGCCUGAAGAAACCAUCGGCAUUGUGGGCCGCACUGGAUCAGGAAAGUCCUCCCUAGGAGUAGCUUUGUUCAGACUUGUGGAGCUGACUGGGGGCUCUAUUAUCAUUGAUGGAGUCAAUGUUGCACAGAUCGGUCUGUAUGACCUGCGGAGCAAGCUAGCUAUUAUUCCUCAAGAGCCUGUGCUCUUCAUCGGUACUAUCAGGAGCAAUUUAGACCCAUGGGAUCAAUACUCUGAUGCUGAGGUCUGGGAAGCUCUCGAGAAGACACAUAUAAAAGAAAUGGUCAGCCAGCUGCCUCAUUCACUCCACUCAGAGGUGACAGAGAACGGAGAGAACUUCUCAGUGGGAGAGCGGCAGCUCCUCUGUGUGGCCAGAGCCCUGCUGAGAAACAGCAAGAUCCUUUUAUUGGAUGAGGCAACAGCAGCCAUUGACACCGAGACAGAUCGUCUCAUCCAGGAGACCAUUCGCACUGCGUUUGGCAGCUGCACUACUCUCAUCAUCGCCCAUCGUCUCAACACAGUGAUGAGCUGCAGCAGAGUCAUGGUCAUGGACAGCGGCCAGAUUUUGGAGUUUGACAGUCCCGUUGCCUUGCUGGCAGAUGAAAACUCAAGAUUUAGAGCCAUGAUAGAAGCAUCAGAAAACCAAAACAGAUAAAACACGCUGGAGCUGAACUUUGGACCUGAGCUGUGAUCCUACAAAAUAUCAAGCUGAAUAAAUGAUUUGCACACACACACAAAUCCUGCCAAGUGUGAAAAUGAUGAGUAAAGAAAUCCACUGAUGGGUUGUCCAUGCAA